AUGGUGGAGAACUCACGUCCAGAGCCGCUGGUCUCGGCCGUGCAGCAGCAGAAGCUUCGAGAAGUCUACAGCUCGCCCAUGCGUCCGACGCAGUAUACGCGCACGCCCGAGGAAGUCGGGAAGACGAAGGAGACGCCGCGUGAGGCUGCAGCUCGUCGUGAACGCGAACGUGUGAGCAUGGAACAGGUGCUGCUAGACCGUCGCUGGGUCUUCCACUGCGCGUCGCCGCUCUUUCAUUUCCACCGCGACAAGCUCAGCGAAUACGCCCACGAUUUAGUCAAAACAUUGCGCGCCGCGGCGCUGCGGGCGUGCGGCCAACAGUUUGGCUACAGCGUUAGCAUCCGCAACACAGAUGCGCUCGUUGCCUUCCAGAUCCGUGAGGAACGGGACCAAAAGACCAUCAGAGAAUCCGACAAGAUGAAAGCACGCCCAGAACGCUCGGGGGGCUUUGUGCUCUACUUCCCGACCGAUGAGGAACAGCGUGUGCCGCGUAGAGGACGAGAGAGACAACAGGUUCUGCUACUGAGAGGAGACGAAGAGCUGUUACGUUGGGUCUGCUCGUGGCUACAGCGCCGCUUCCAGUGCGUGGUGAGCACACAUGUCGUGCAUAUUCAGCAGCUGAAUCUCAAGCGCUUGGCGCGUAACUGGGCGGUUGCGAGGCCGCUGCAGCUCAAAUAUAGGGCUACAAAUGAGGAGGACGUUGUGCGUACGUACACAAUGACGGUGCCCUGGGCCACACUGCGUCGGCUCUUUCAGCAGACGAAGGACGGACCUGAAGGCAAUCGUCCGUCUAAUUACGCGCCAGAGCUCAUUGAGCUAGUAGAGCGACUCUACUUUGAUUCCUUGCCAUUUGACUUGUCCACUUACGAGAUCGAGCGAGUUGAGAUGGAAGAAGUGGCUGUUGACCUGGACGGAGGCGUAGAGCUAUACAGCAUGGACCUUGUGCACACAGUUCUAUUCAGUCUACUGGAGCUACUAGCAGUGCAGAAUGUCGCCGCAGCUUCUCGUCCAGAGACGACGCUAUGA